ACCAAUGCCUGUUAAACCUAUAUUCAAACCCUCGUUAUUAAGAAACGGCUUGGGUACCUACGUCCAACCAUGCCAUAAGGUAACCAUCCAGUACUGCAACUGGGGAGGCUCCUCUAAAUCAAUCAGAGACCUCUUGUCCACAGGAUCUAUCAACAAAUUUGCUCUGGAAAAUUUGAAUAUCUUCGUGGAAGUUGUCAAGAAGUCAGGCCAUCCAGUAUUGAAGUUCGACUAUAGUCACGACAAACAAGAUAGUGUAGAAGUUAGGAAUAAGACCACCACAGAAGUGUUAAAACUUUUGUCGGACUAUUCACAGAGAUCUGGAAAUGAGUUGUUCAAAUAUAAUCACAAAGUGUUGUCUAACAACGAAUCGGUGAGAGGCGUUUGGUCUCCAAUGCACGAACAUAAAGGACACAGGUUCAAGAUAUAAGCAAGCAUAAUACAUAGGCAGGACUCCAAACGCUUAAAUUUGUACAUAGAGAAUACACUACAACUGAAAAAUUAUUAUU